CUCAGAUACACACAUUGGAGAGGACACCAUGUUUUCGUGUUGUCUCCCUGUGUCCCGAGGCCGAGGCCUCAAGAGAGGCAGCGAUGAGAGUACAUUUGACCAAGGCUGCCACUGGGUCUGGACUCAUCCCAUUCGACGCCUGUGGCCCUUUACAAAAUGGGACCGAGAGAGCUCAACUCGGGUCACAGAGGAGCAGCAGCUGGUCGACGAAAACCCCAGCCCCGCCUUCACCCUUGAGGGGCAGGUGGGCCAUACUACUGAGGGCCAGAGCAGGCCCGAAGUGCAUAUGGCCAGCUGGGGGUCUGGGGAGCCAGGGCCCUUGAGUGACCAGAGAUGGAGUCCUCCCCAGAAGCCGCUCAGGCUCCUCAAGCCUCCAACCUGGAAACCGCUCAGUCAGCAAAGGCAGAUCCCAAUUUUCCGCUCCCUCCUGGAGCCCCCCAGGCUCCUCAGGAAGUUUGCAGCAUGUGAUGCCUCCCUGGAGCACCAGGCCCAUGCAAAUCACACCGGGUCAGAGGACCUGGAGCCCAAAGAGGCAGAACCCACGGCACCGGCCCAGGAGGCAGAGGAGGCUCCUGGGGUAACACCUGAAGUCUAUACAGAGGAGCCUCAUGAAGCGCUGGAGGCGUGGGCACCUCCAGAGCUCCUGCCACCGCCAGCAGCCUCUCCGGUGGCAGCUGUGGAGCCGGGGCCGGCCUGGGAGGCACCUGCAGACAUGACUGAGGCCCCACCACCCCUGGAUGAGGAGCCCUCCCUGGAACCUGCCCAGGGUCCUGCCUCAGAGGAGGAGCUGCCUCCUGAAAGCCCAGCAGCGCCAGCUCCAGAGCCGCAGGCUGAGACUGCUCACCGUCUCCCCUCAGAAAAACUUGUGCGACCCCCAUCAUUCAACUUUGUCUUCUUUUUUGUUUCCAUUUUCUGUUUUACUCUUCUUUAUGGGGUGAUUCAGUUGUUUAUUGUUUUAUUUUUAUUUUGGAGUCUUUUGCUUUUUCUCUUCUCUAUCCUACUUUCUUCUUUUAUGCUUUGUUUCUUCAUGGGGUGACUCAAUUAAAUAAAUAAAUAAACAAACAA